AUGCCAGAUGAAAAGAAACCCUGGCUCGGCAAGGAUACUUUCCCGACCAUCUGGAUCUGGAUCUGUUUCAUCUUCAACGUCUUUGGUAUCCUCGCGUUCAUUAUGCUGAUCGUGGCAGAGUUUGUCGUUUUGGUGAACGACUUUUCGAACUAUCAUGCGCAGUACGGGUAUCAUUAUGACCCGAGAGGAUAUACAGGUGAGGAAGGGUGCGGGUAUGUGGACUAUACGAAUGCUCCAAAACAUCUCGGCUCGGCCGUAUGGAUGCUUCUCUACCAACUAUCCAUCAUCAUCCUCUGCACCCUUGUAUUGGCUUCCGACCUCGCCUGGCGAGCAUCUUCCUACAAUGCCUGGGGCGGUCGGUGGAUCAGCGUCUUUUACGCUGGUGGUGUCACCAACGGUCCACGAAACGAUGCUGGAGGCUUGUACUUUUACGUCGCAGCGAAUGCGUGGUUUAAGGCGUUCAUCGUGGUGCUUUAUAUGAACCAGAGCUUCUACGGGAUGCGUGGAAAUACUUCACACGAAUCUCCUUACAGCGGAUCGUCAUUGUCCGACUCUGGUUCCAGCUCUGGUGGCUACUACUCCGCCUCCGCCUCUGCUUCAGCAUCCUCUAACUCUGGCUUCGGCUCUUCUGGCUCUUCAGCAUCCUCAUCCUCUUCCACCCCCGCCUACUCUUGGAAACGCUCCUCAGACCCCAACAAGAUCCACGGUGUCGAAGCUUGGGUCUAUCUCUCUGGAUGGAUCGUACUUUGCUCGAUCGUGCCGAGUAUGGUAGCAUUCUUGUUUCUGGCGCCGUGGGGAAAGAAGAAGGAGCAAAAUGGCGCAGGGGGGGAAGCAGCUUAG